GCCUAGGUCCAGCACACACCAGACCCUGCUGCAGAACUAGGCUGGACCUGUUCCUUUACUUAACCCUGAUUCCAAGAUACUAAUAAAGUGUACAAUGUGUUACUUGAGGCUGUCUACUGUUCUCAUUGUGCUGUCUAUGACUCUAAACUGUCUCAGCGCCACCCCGACAAACAGGGAGCAGUCUGAUGUUCGACCAGGCAGAGAGAGCUGGCUGCUGCCUGGCUUCGCAAAAAACUCCUUCAUCAGCCUCACCGCUACAGAGCCAGAGCAGGAGUCCGUCAAGGCAAAGAGAGGUCAUAUGGAAAAGAGGAGGUGCAACACAGCUACCUGCGUGACGCAACGCUUAGCGGACUUCCUCGUCCGAUCCAGCAACAGCAUCGGCGCGGUCUACACGCCGACUAAUGUGGGCUCCAACACGUAUGGAAAGAGGGCCGGACUGGCUCCACUCAGCAGAGAAACUCUGAAAUAUAUACCGUUUUAGGACACGGCGUAGUCAUGGAAAUCAAUCGUAGUUUUCUGUACAAAACAAAAAGAAAAAAUAAAUAAUAAAUGUAGUUGUUUUUAAACUGUAAACUACCAGUGCCUUUUUUGUUGUGACGUGUCUGGUUAAGACUACUGUAUUUGUGUUUUUAAGUGUACACUGUUUAUAAAUUGAGUGCAUUUAAUUUCACUUCUUGA